AUGAGCUGCAUUGCCUCCGCCUUUGAUUCCUUCCGCUGCGCGUAUAGUGGUGUCAGCGAUUCUGUCAACGACAUCGAUGUCGAUCUGACCGGUGGCUGCCUCUAUGCGGCGUGCAGUAGUGGGGAUGUCUGCGUGUGGAACAUUCAAACGCAGAAGCUGCGGGUGCGACUACGUCACUCACAGUGGGUGAAUGCUGUUCGAUGCUUUCCGAUGUGCAACUCGGCCGCCUCGAGCGCGGCGUUGCCGCAGCCUCCGCUAGCGGCGAGCCCAGCAGCAGUAGCCGGCAGGGUAGAAUGUGAUACCGCUCACGCUGACCUUGUCGUCAACCACGAUAUACGCUGGGUGCUAACCGGCACCGAGGACGGCGCAGUUGCCAUCUGGUGCCCAGUGACGUAUCGCAUGCAGAGCAUAUUCAAGCCUGGCCGCGCUGCCAUCACAGCCCUGCAGCUCAUCCCUGAAACGUCGCCAUGCGCUCCGGACAAGGCGAAUGCAUCGAAGAUGGAGCACUGCACCACAGGUGCGCGAUUCAGGCAGGCAUCUACGAAAGUCAACGAUGGGCCUGCUAUUUGCUGCGCGGCCUCUCUGCGUGACGUGUACGUGUUCCGCGUCACGACUGCUUCGUCGGAACUUCAGUUGCUGCAUGCGUUCCAGCACCACGGUCUUAUCACGGCCCUCACCUACGUUGCCCCUUCUAUGUCUCUCUCGACACCGCUGCUUGUGGUGGGGCAAGAGGAGGGCACUCUUUGCGUGUGGAACUGCGCCACAUGGGCUUAUCACGACACGAUGCCUUAUCCCACCGGCGAGGUCGAUGUGACAGCCGACGCACGCGAUGAUCCCACGUCGGUGCAUGAGCCGGUGUACCAGCUCGGUCGCGUGUUCAAGACGUUUCUCUACAAUCGCAGGCGGUGCAAUCCAUUGAGUGAUCAGGCAGCCAUCGAGGAGGAGGCAGCUGCGGCAGCACCUGUGGAUUCGACGGACUACAUGGGGGUGUUGCCAGCCUCGGUGUCAGCGGACGCCAUUGAUGUGCUGGAAAGAAAUUGCGGCACCCUUCCGUACAACGCAAAACAGGCGUUUCUAGAGCAGCAUCAACAGCGGCAACAGCAGGGACCGGAUGGUACGCGGUUCCCCACUGCGCCGAGAGACUGGAGGUACGACAAGCGCCGCGUUACAUGCCUGGCAGCGAGCCCCAAUCCCAGAAGCAGCAAUCCAAACUCGUACCUCUACUCGGGUCACGCAACAGGGGAAGUGCUACUCUGGGGAUCCGUCCGGCAAGAACUGCCUUUGCUGCUGUUACUGAAAAAAAUUGUUCUCUUCAAGCCGGGUGUGUGGGUUUGGAAUCUGUGUGCCGUAGCCACGCUGCACACCACGGCGUCGCAGCCAUCCGAGCAGAGGGGCAGUGCCAAGGCUGCCGCCAAAUCGCUAUCGCGACUGGGAAAAAAGAAAGCGAACGAAAGAGCGAGAACGAAGACUGAGACGUCUCUGACGCCCACGCACUACGCGCGCGCAGGGGCGCCCUCUCUUCUCCAGACGACGCAUGUGUCACCUCUUGAGCUCAUUGUCUGGUCGGACUGCGGGGCGGUGGAGUACGUCAGUACCCGCAAGUAUCAGGUGCUGCAUCGCCAAGGUCCCGGCUUUGUCUGUGCGGCGGCUUGUGGCUGGAGUGGCCCGACGAUUACGCUCCCGCCAGCAGCUGAGCCGGUGAGCACGUUCGACAAUGGCCGCGCUGGCGCUGCCACGUCGUCAACUGAGGCGGCCUCAAAACGAAGCGGUGCUGCUACUCGAGGGAGCAGACACGCCAGCACUUUUUCGGCACACCAGUAUCUCGUGAUGGCCGGGUUUGACGGCAGGUUGGAGCGGUAUGACGUCACCGAGGUGCUUGAGCUCGUGAAGAGUUCUGGCAAAGUGGUUUAA